AUGGCCUAUAACCAGAGCUUAAUUGACAACCCUCUCCCCGUCUCUUCCGACUGUCCUCAGCACUCGCUCUUCCCAGACAGUCUCCAGCCUCUCCCAGGCAAGCUUCGGCGACUGUCCAACCGAUCAGCACCGCCCGCUCCAGGACACGCUCUCGACGCUCAUAUAAUGGGUGGCGGCGGCGAAGUGAGGAGCAGCGUCUCCUACCCUGUCUUUGCUCAACGGCCUGUUGGCGUCCCCAAGACUAGCAUUCUCAAAAGCCGUAUUGAACCAUUCUAUAAAUCAGGACAGUAUGAUAAGGUGAACUUGCUAGCGAAUCUCUACAAUGCCAGGUACUCAGGCAAACCGCACGUUCAGAUCUCCGUCUGGAGCGCUCCCGGGCAAGAGCGACCGACCUUUGAGCAUGCGGUUUCCCAACAGUUUAAAGAGACACACACCGGCGCCGCCUUCGGGCCCUCAUGGUCUACUCAUUGGUUCAGAGUCGUCUUAACUGUUCCCGAAGCAAUCGCCAAUGAAGAGCUCCUUGAGCUUCAGUGGGACGGCAAUAAUGAAGGCCUUGUGUGGACCGAGGAUGGCAUGCCGCUUCAAGGCCUGACUGGAGGAGGCGAGAGAAUCGAAUGGGUCAUUCCUCGUUCGUUCCGCGACGGUAAACCGCACACCAUUUACAUCGAGAUGGCCUGCAACGGCAUGUUUGGAAAUGCGCCCGGAGGGAAAGCCAGCAUUAUGCCACCGGACCCAAACAAAUAUUUUGCUCUUGGAAAGGCCGACAUUGUAGCUGUCAAUGUCCCUGCCCGCGGUCUCUUUUUCGACAUGUGGGAGCUUGGCGAUGCCGCUCGAGAGCUCCCCGAGAAUUCGGCCGAGCAGGGCCGAGCACUCGCUGUUGCUAUGAAGAUUAUCGAUACCUUUGAGGUAAAUAACCAGGAAUCUAUCCUCGAAUGUCGAAAACUAGCACAGCAAAUCAUUGGUCCCGAUGUCGACUCUCAUCGGGUCUAUGAAGUUGGCCCAGAGCCUGUCGUUUUUGGUAUCGGCCACUGCCACAUUGAUUCUUGCUGGCUGUGGCCCUUUGCAGAGACAAAACGAAAAGUAGCUCGGUCAUGGUCGAGCCAGUGCGAUCUAAUGGACCGCUAUCCAGAGGCUCAUUUUGCUUGCUCCCAGGCUCAGCAGUUCAAAUGGCUAAAGCAAUUCUAUCCCAAGGCUUUUGAUCGUGUAAGGCGAAAGGUUAGCGAAGGCCAAUUCCACCCCAUCGGUGGUAGUUGGGUUGAGCAUGACACCAACAUGCCCAGCGGUGAAUCGCUUGUGCGUCAAUUCUUCUAUGGCCAGCGUUUUUUUGAGGCGGAGUUUGGAUCACGUUGCCGCACUUUCUGGCUUCCUGAUACAUUUGGAUACUCAAGUCAGCUGCCUCAGCUCUGUCGCCUGGCAGGCAUGGACCGUUUCAUGACUCAGAAGCUAAGUUGGAACAAUAUCAACAACUUCCCCCACACUACGUUUAUGUGGGUGAGUCCUGAUGGAAGCCAAGUCAUUUGCCAUAUGCCUCCAUCCGAGACGUACACAGCUGAGGCCGAUUUUGGUGAUUUGAAACGCAGCAUCUCCCAACACAAAACCCUGCGUGUUGACAACACCUCCUUGCUAGUGUACGGCAAGGGCGAUGGUGGUGGCGGCCCUACCUGGCAGCACCUGGAGAAGCUUCGACGAAUUUCAGGAAUCAGCAACACCAUUGGAGGAAUUCCAAAACUUAAGCUAGGCUUUAGUGUCGAUGACUUCUUUGACCGCCUCGCUCCCAAGGCCAACGAGCUUCCCACGUGGUAUGGUGAGCUGUACUUUGAGCUACAUCGAGGCACUUAUACCACACAGGCAAACAACAAGUAUUACAACCGCAAGGCUGAAGUUUUACUGCGAGACCUCGAACAGCUUGCGACACUUGCCUCCCUCAAGAACAAGACUUAUAAAUAUCCUACUGAACAGAUCGACAACAUGUGGGAGGGUGUGCUCCUUUGCCAAUUCCACGACUGCCUCCCUGGCAGCUCUAUCGAAAUGUGUUAUGAUGACUCUGAUAAGAUAUACAAGGAGACGUUUGAGACGGGGCAUAAGCUGCUCGCAGAGAUUUACAAGGCUUUGGGUGCCAGCGAUUCGCAACCCGAUGGUCUUUACGAGUCCACUGUUCUCAACACGUUGCCCUGGCAUCGCAAAGAACUCGUUGAGGUUUCCGAUACCCAGGUUGGCAUUGCUUGUGGAGACGGCCCGCUGCUUGCGCUUCGCACUUUUAAGAUCCAGGAAGAUAAGCCAGCUGUUUCAGUGCAGCAAGUGGGCACCCAAUUCGUAUUAGAAAAUGACGAUCUCCGCGUUGUCGUCGAAGACGGCUGUAUCACUUCAUUAUACGACAGGGUCAACGAGCGCGAAACUAUUGAAAAGGGCGGUAAAGCCAACAAAUUUGUUAUUUUUGAUGAUAUCCCACUCUUUUGGGAGGCUUGGGACGUCGAGGUCUAUCACCUCGAGACUCGCCGAGAGCUCAGCUACGGUCAAACUAGUCUUCAUGAGGUUAAACCUCACCGCGUCACUCUUGCUACCGAGAUCAAGAUUAGCAAGAAUAGCUCCAUCAAGUCUUACAUUACGUUGUCGGCAGCCCUGAAGGGCCAAACCUCUUGGGUCGAGUGCAAAGCCGAAGUAGACUGGCACGAGAACUCCAAAUUCCUCAAGGUCGAGUUCCCUGUCGACAUUGUUAACACAGAGGCGUCGUACGAGUCCGCAUACAGCAUUACCAAGAGGCCAACUCACUACAACACGAGCUGGGAUAUGGCCAAGUUUGAAGUUUGCUGCCACAGAUUUGCCGAUCUAUCGGAGCACAACUAUGGUGUUUCCAUUCUCAACGACAGCAAGUACGGUUUCGCUACAGCUGGCAAGUUAAUGCGCCUAUCGCUGCUGCGAUCACCAAAGGCUCCCGACGAGCAUGCGGAUAUGGGCCGUCACUCGAUCCGAUGGGCCAUCCUUCCUCACAAGGGAGGUCUCUCUUCGACUACUGUUAGAGCAGCGUAUGCCUUCAAUACCCCACUCAAGGUGCUAUCCGCACCAAAGGCUACCAUUGAAAGCUUAACCAGUGUUCCUAUCAAGCUUAUCAAUGCAGAUGAAUCCGCCUCCAUCAUACUGGAUACUAUCAAGCGAGGCCAUGAUGACGAGGACGUUAGCCGUCGCGAGGGCCUUCGUGUCAACAGCGGGCGGAGCAUCAUCCUUCGUUUAUACGAGUCUUUGGGCGGACGCAGCCGAGGAACUAUUCAAACAGAGUUCGAUGUGAAACGCGUUACUAAAGUCAAUAUCCUGGAGGAUGAAAUUGAAGAGGUGUCAUUGGAAGAUGGCAAGUUUGACAUUACCAUGCGGCCCUUUGAGGUGGCGACAUACAAGCUGCAGCUAUAG